AUGGCAAGCCCUCGAUAUCUUCUGCGCGUCUUCGUACGUUUCCGUCUCCAUUCUGCGCAGUUCCUCGUCUUGCCGCUAACACGCAGUUCGUACAGAGCCGUCCAAAGCCCACCGUCUUUCACAAACUUUCAAUCUUGUAAGUUUCCCCUACGUGGCUUCGUCCACCUCCAACUCCAAGCACUCUCGGCUGACCAGUCAUGUAGCAACCAAAUCAUCACUAUGGCCCCCAAACGACCGGAAAUCAAGUUCAGCAGUGUGCCUUUGGCACAACGCGUCACGUCGGUGUCCUCAUGCACAAGAGUAAGCACAAGAGUAAGCACAUAUCCCUUGUCCUCUAGCAUUAGGUUUCAUGAACAUCCUCGUCGCAUUCGCUCAUAUUCUUCAAUGUCGUACACUUGCUGA